CUGGGUGCCCGGCAGAGGGUCUCAGUCUAACGAGGCGAAAGAGGAUGCUAAGCCGGCUGCAGGAGCUCCGCAAGGAGGAGGAAACGCUACUGCGUCUAAAGGCGGCCCUACACGACCAACUGAACCGCCUCAAGGUGGAAGAACUGGCCCUCCAAUCCAUGAUAAGUUCUCGAAGAGGGACCGAGACACUCUCUUCUCAGCCGGCACCUGAACAGCUGUGUGAUAUGGCAGUGAAUGUAGACAAUGAAGCGUCCAUCAACCAAACCACACUGAAGCUGAGCACAAGGAGCCCUAUGGAGGAAGAGGAGGAGGAGGAAGAGGAAGAAGAAUCUGAUUCCUAAAAGGGAACAAGAGCUAGGAUGAGAUGCACGUCUGAACAGAGACAAGCAUGGGAGAGGCCUGAAAGCAACAUGGCAUGCCGCUGGGCAGAGGAAUUCCUCUGUGCUGUUUCCCAAAGGUUCAGAUGCUAGCGG